AUGGCGGAAAAGGCUCAAAAAUUGUGGGGUGGGAGGUUCACCGGGGAGACAGAUCCAUUGAUGCAUUUGUAUAAUGCUUCAUUGCCUUACGAUUACAAGAUGUACAAGGCCGAUCUCGAGGGGACAAAAGUCUACACAGCAGGUUUGAACAAGAUAAACCUGAUAACUGAUGACGAAUUGAGCAAAAUCCACGCCGGAUUGGACCAAAUCAAGUCCGAAUGGGAUGAUGAUAAGUUUGUGCGUCAUCCUAGCGACGAGGAUAUCCAUACCGCGAACGAGAGACGUCUUGGUGAGAUCAUUGGCCGUCAUAUUGCAGGGAAGGUUCAUACGGGCAGAUCUCGUAACGAUCAAGUGGUCACAGAUAUGAGAAUUUACUGCCGCGACAUCUUGAAUGAAAAGUUGCUGCCCUUUAUGGCGGACUUGAUCAAAGUCCUUGUCAAGAGAGCCGAAAAUGAAAUUGAUACAUUGAUGCCUGGUUACACUCACUUACAAAGAGCUCAACCAAUUAGAUGGGCUCAUUGGCUAAGUUCAUACGCAACUUACUUUACCGAGGAUUAUAAAAGACUGAAACAAAUAUUGGAAAGGUUGAAUGUUUCUCCACUAGGUGCAGGUGCCCUGGCUGGUCACCCAUAUGGGAUUGACAGGGAAUUUUUGGCUGAAGGUUUGAACUUCGGCGGUGUCAUUGGUAAUUCCUUGGUUGCCGUGUCCGAUAGAGACUUUGUUGUCGAGUUGAUGUUCUGGGGGACUCUCUUCAUGAACCACAUUUCCCGUUUUGCUGAGGAUUUGAUUAUCUACUCCACAGCAGAAUUUGGUUUUGUCAAGUUGAGCGACUCUUAUUCGACAGGCUCUUCCUUGAUGCCUCAAAAGAAAAAUGCCGAUUCUUUGGAACUACUGAGAGGUAAAUCUGGGAGAGUUUUCGGUGACCUGGCAGGUUUCUUAAUGAGUUUGAAGGGUAUUCCAUCGACUUACGACAAGGACAUGCAAGAGGACAAGGAAUCGCUAUUUGAUGCUUUAGUGACCGUUGAACACUCCAUCUUGAUUGCAACGGGUGUGAUUUCUACCUUGACUGUAGUAAAGGAACGGAUGAGUGAUGCUCUGACAAUGGAUAUGCUGGCCACUGAUUUGGCAGACUACCUAGUCAGAAAGGGCGUCCCAUUCAGAGAAACACAUCAUAUUUCUGGUGAAUGUGUUGCCGCUGCUGAAAGGGAAAAGCUAAGUGGUAUUGACAAACUGACUUUGGAGCAGUACCAGGAGAUCGACAAAAGAUUCGAACAAGAUUUGUUCGAAACUUUUGACUUCGAGAAGAGUGUCGAAAGAAGAACCGCGACUGGCGGUACAGCAAAAUCUGCCGUUUUGAAACAAUUAGCAAGCUUGGUAUCUCAAUUAUGA